GGAAACCCAUGUUCAGUCGGGGGGUCACUGCCCUGGUACACGUCUCAUGGAAAUGCAGAACGCUGCCUACAACAACAGCGUCCAGCUCAACCUGUGCCGGUUCCAGGAGGCUGGGGAUCGUGUCCGUGGAAGUCCACAGCCUCCACCGGGACCCAGGUACCAGACGCUGGUGCACGCUCGGGCCAACAGUCAAAGCACACUGAGAUCAUGUGGCAACAAAUCACAUCUGCUUCAUCGAAGAGCAAAUCAGCAGAACACUAUCUCCAAAAAGAUCUUCCCCUGGAUGAAAGAGUCCAGGCCAUCAACCCCGAAUCUCAAUAAAAUAAACGCAGACAGCUCUGAGGACGACAAACGUCUAAACUCGACCGCUGCUUCCAAGAGGGCGCGUACCGCGUACACGAGCGCGCAGCUAGUGGAGCUGGAGAAGGAGUUCCACUUCAGCCGUUACCUGUGCCGCGCGCGGCGCCUGGAGAUGGCCGGUUUGCUAAAUCUCCAAGAGAGACAAAUCAAGAUAUGGUUUCAAAACAGGAGGAUGAAGCAAAAAAGGGAUGACAAAUUCCGAGGCAUUGAAGGCCCUCCGUCCCCGGGCAGCCCUUCCACUCUGUCCACUUUAGGCUAUGUCCAUCUGGGCAGUGAAUACGAGACCGCAUCCCCCCCACUGAAGUCACAACAACAGCAGCAGCGAAACCAAGCGCACACUUUGUCCACCGAGAUCCCAAACUUGUCCAAAACACAGUUAUUAGUGCAGCAUGGAUAUUCGAUUGCGGACUGUAAUUCGCUAGGUCUGCAGAAUAAUUUCACUAACGACUCCAAGUUUGAUUUACACUAUGGUGCAAUGUGCAACACGCCAAAAACAUCACUCCCAGAUCAAGGAGUAAAUGACCCGAACGCGUCGUUUUUCUCAGAGAGUCACAAUUCGCAGCAGAGAAUCCUGCAGGCUCCCAAACUGUCCCAUCUGUAGUGGGAUAGAUGUGGAAUAAUUAGGCCUAGUCGUUACCUUGACCCAGCUUUGCUUUUUAAAUCAUUCCACGAGGCUAAUUAAUUGUGAUAAAAUCCUCAUUCAACGUCUUAAAAAAGGGGACAACAUUGAUAGCCUAGACUAAUGUUGAAUGGGUAGCCGUUGUCGGCCUAAUUCAGGGAAUUGUCCUGCUCAAGUGUAACGAGUUGGAGGGACCUGGUGGAAAACAUUUCCAGAGGUCGAGUUUUUAUUUGCCCAUGUGCAGCUAUAGCAAGCAAUUUAAUAUGAUUUAUUACCAUAUGUAUUUAUGGAUUUUAUUGUUCAAUGCCUCUAAUUUGGUGUCAUUAUUUUUUUUUUAUUAGAACUAGGCCUAUUUAAAACAAUCGCUCGUUUAUAGGGAAUUUGCUAAAGUGUGCACCUUAAUUGCUUUAAAUAAUGUGUUUAACCAAGGAUUUCACAGUACUUUAUAGGCUAUACCUAUUCAAUUAUAGCUCCAAUAACGCGUGCGGAUGAGCAGCAGUCCGGGCAUACUGAGAUGGAAACGCCAUAUAUUAUUUGGCAUAGGCCUAUGUAGCCGGUGAACUCGUUAAUGCUGUCCGUCGAUGUUUACUAGGUCAUAUAAACGUAAUUUAGACUUCUCUCCUGGACCCCAACACGCCAUGCUCUUGAAUGUUUCUUUGUUCUUGUAUGGGCAUAUUGGGUAGCAGGGCAUGUCAAUCUCACACAACAGCAAAUGAUGGAUCACUGAAUUAAUUGAGCAGCGAGAAGAGUAUUUCAAUUAGGCCUCCGUGUUGGCCAAUGUGUUGAAAAGGCUUCAGAAUUAGACUGCAGAAAAUAGUUACCACUAGUAGGGCUUCCGUAUUUUCGAUACAUCUUUAGAUAGAUACAAUUGCCUAGGCUACGGGUUUGUUUUUAUACGAGGUCUAAGCCGCAGGAAACACACUGUCGGUAUAAAAAAGAGGCUUCAUAUUUUGGUUCAAAUAAUAAUUAUAGCCUUUAAGAAAAAGUAGAUAUAGAUCUUAAAUGUCUUCAGUAGGCCAUAGCCUUUACCCUUCUGUAUAACUGGAAACUUUAAUUAAAUUACUUAGGCCUAUGCCUACCCCACAUUAGACUUUGUUCACCUCCUUGCUGAUAUUUAUAUUAGUUGUGUUUCCAUCUACAAAUGAAACCCUGUAGCCUGAAAAAUUUGUUUGAUGUUUAUAUUCUUAUCAGAUGGAGGGAGGCCUCUGAUUGAAGCGUUUGUCAUGUAAAUGCUAG